UCGCCUGGCAACAUUAUCGUUCAAACUUAAAAAAAAAAAAACGAUACUUCCUCCCCUUCUCGUAUCGCGAAUGUAACAUGUCGGGCGCAUCUCGCUGCGCUAAUUAUUAUUUUCGAAUAUUAUCGUCUCGGUUCAUCUAAAAGAUUCAAUUUUGUCUGUAAACUGUGUGUACUCAUUGUGGAAGGCUAAUCAGUUGAAGAAGCACUGCUCCUGCUCCGUUUCGGUGUCCACGCUGGUCCAGGUAACUUGGAUUCGAGGUAAGUCUAGACGAGCCGAAGGUCUGAGAAGCCUGCGCCAGCCUCCACCGAGAGCUGCACCGUCAUCUACAGCUCAGCAAGGUGAGUGCUUUUACCAAUUGACCUAGCCUGUCCUAAGUUCCACGGUAUAUCGUUUCGUAUCUCGUCUCGUAUUUCGUUUGAAUACAGUCCACAUAAUUUUUAAAUAUCGAAGUAAAAUAAUCCCCUUAACAUUUUUUGGUCCCACGAUCCGGAUAGCUUGUAAGGUGACCGUGGUUAUUUUCGCUUUAAAUAUCAAUUUUCGUCAAUAAAUUGUUCAUUGUAAAAUCAUAAAAACAUUGGAGGGUAAGAUUGAAACACUUGGCUUGGGCGUUUUUCCGUUAGUUAAACUAUCGAGCGUUUAGUUCAUAGACUAAAAUUGUGUGUCGAAUUAAUUACGUUUCUGAACGCAACUUUUAGCUGUCAUUUUUGACAAGUUGUCAAUUGAAAAUCAUAACCUAUCAUUGUUAUCGAAUCCAAUAGUUUUGUUGUUGUUUUAGUGAUUCAAUAUACAUAUUUUUACAAAAUAAACAUGACACUUGGAACUUUAUGUUAUUCCAUGCACUUUGGUCAAAAUUAGAUGUUAGUAGUAAGGAAGCUUUUGAGUUGCAACUUGAAUCAAACACAGAAAUUCCCAGUUAUGAGGAAUUAAUUUCGUUUAUUGAAAAGCGGAGCCAGGCAUUAGAGAACAGCGUUGGUAAGUCGUUAACAUUAUCUAGUAAACCAGUGUAUAGUAAGCCAGUGUCGAAUAAGGCUAAGCCUGCUCUCCUUGUACCGCCAGUGAGCAACUGUGCUAUGUGUUCCGCACCGGGACACAAAUUGGAUAAAUGUACUAAAUUUUUGGAACUGCAGCCAUUGGAAAGGUUUGCUCAGGUUAAGGAGAGGAGACUUUGCAUACUGUGUUGUAGGCCAUCCCACUCGGUUAAAAAUUGUAAAUCAUCGGUGACUUGUGGCAUCUGUAAGCACAGACACCACACAUUAUUGCAUUUCGAAAAGGAUAAGGAGUUGGAACCAACAGCUCCGCCGACCCAAGUGGCAUUGGCAGUGCAUAAUGCAAAUGCACCAAGUUUAUUCUCGACAGCUAUCGUGCUGAUAAAAAAUAAAUUUAAUAAUUUUGUACCAAUUCGAAUGCUGAUGGAUAAUGCUUCUGCUUGUAACUUUGUAACAUUGAAGUGCGCUCAAAAACUUGGAAUACCAAUUAGAAAUAAUUCACCAACGGUGAAUGGUGUUGGUCUGUCGUCGACUGACACUUUUGGAAUUGUCGAUUGUGAGAUAGUUCCGUCGAAUGGGGACUCCUCAUGUAAAUUUUCGUUUGAAGCGUUCGUGCUUCCCAAGAUCUGCCAUGAUAUGCCACCAGAACCACUGAAUGUGUCUUCUUGGAGGCAUCUGAAGGAUUUAGAUCUUGCUGAUCCAUCUUUCCACAAAUCUGGACCAAUAGACAUGUUGGUUAACGUCAACCUUUUCGCUGCUGCACUACAAUCUGGCGUUGUCAAGGGCAACGCAGAUGAGCCCAUAGCUGUCCGCACUGUUUUCGGCUGGUUAGUGAUGGGUGAGUGCCCUAUAAACGUUAACACUUCUCGUUCUCGUUGUCAUAAAGGUUCAGAAGGUGAUACUCAGAGGUGCUAUCUCGUGUCGAGUCUAUCAUUAGACAAUAAUAUCAAGCGCUUCUGGGAACUGGAAAGUGUCGAUCCUCCCAAAAAUAUCGUUUUGUCGAAAUUAGAAAUGUCGUGUGAAAACCAAAUGGAAACUUCAUAUUGUCGCACUCCCGAGGGUAGGAUGGUAGUACCAUUAACUUAUGUCGACCCUCAGGAUAAACCCAGGUUUUCAAAUUCUCGUGAGAUAGCUCUCAAGCGUCUCUUAAAUUUAGAGAGGAAAUUCAAAUUGAAUCCUCAGUUUCGGACAGCUUAUGUCAAUUUCAUGGAUGACUACCUUCGUUGUGGUCACAUGGUGGAAGUUGAUCCUCCCUUGUCGUUUGAAGGUCAACUUCACAAUGUCGAAAACGUCCAUGAUUUAUCGUUAUCGUUAAAUAUUCUCGGUUUGUCGUGGCUUCCCAAGGAAGAUACUUUCACAUUCAAGACCUCCUUGAAUGAUUGUCGUUGUACGAAGCGAUCGAUCCUCUCGGACAUCGCUCGUAUUUUUGAUCUUCUGGGUCUAUUGUCGCCUGUCGUAUUUUUCGCAAAAUAUUUAAUACAACUUCUAUGGGUUUCUGGUGUCGAUUGGGACAGCGAGGUUCCUAUCUCUAUCGCUCAAGAAUGGCGUAAAUUCAAAUCGCAAUUGGCGGAAAUGAGCUCGUUGUCCAUUCCCCGUAGAAUGGUUGUAUCUUUCGUAUCGUUACAGCUUCACGGGUACUGUGACGCCUCGGAGAAGGGUUACUGUGCUGUCAUUUAUUGUCGUGUCGUUCAAAAUGACGGAUCCGUUGUCGUGCGUCUUUGUUGCGCUAAAACGAAGGUGGCCCCACUUCGUAAAUGUUCUAUCCCGAGAUGUGAGCUGUUAGCUGCUGUCUUGUUGUCGGAUUUGAUUGUCUCGUUUACAGAAGCUCUAAAAGAUUUUCACACUUUUGAUGAUAUCCACGCUUGGUCAGAUUCUACUGUCGCGCUGACUUGGAUUCGUUCGUGUCCAUCAAAGUGGAAAACUUUUGUGGCGAAUAGGGUUGCGCACAUACAAGAGAACGUCCCCCCUGAAAAUUGGCACCACGUGUCUGGUUCGGAUAAUCCAGCGGAUUGCGGCUCCCGCGGUUUGUUACCUGCUGAUUUAAUCCAGAAUACGCUAUGGUGGGCGGGGCCUACUUGGCUGUCUAAUCCUCAAGAAUCUUGGCCGCAAUCUGAGAUCCUUUCAGAUCAAGCUGCUUCGAACGAGCAAAAAAUCUAUAGUUUGUUCACAGACUCUAAUAUAUCAUUGAUUGACAACAUCUUGAGCAGAUUCUCGUCUUUACAACGCAUAUUGCGUAUUUUCGCUUAUUGUUUUCGGUUCAUGCAUAACUUGCAAAAAUCAUCGUCGAAAAUCACAGAUCCGAACCUGUCGUCUGAAGAAAUUACGAAAGUUCUUCACUUUCUCGUGAAACAUGUCCAGGAGCGAGCUUUCGCUUCAGAAUUGCGGUAUUUGUUGACAGAUAAGUCACCCCACUCUCUAUCGAAGCCCAUGCGGAAAUUGGCGCCGUUUGUGGAUGAGCGUGGAAUGCUAAGGGUGGGCGGUCGCCUUUCUAAAGGAGACCUGUCGUUCGAUGUGAAACAUCCACUAUUAUUGCCUCGUGAUCAUAGGUUGACUACGUUGAUCAUUGAGGAUUACCAUCACCGGUUUAUGCACCCUGGAUUGCAAACGUUGCAAAAUUUAUUAGCCCAAGAAUUCUGGGUUCUAUCGGCAAGAAGGGCUAUAAAUUCGGUUAUUUCAUCUUGUAUGAAAUGUUUUCGCGCUCGGCCUAAAGUGGCAUCUCCUCCAAUAAUGGGCAACUUACCAUCGUUUCGAAUUAAUCAAAUUAAACCAUUUUCGUCAGCGGCAGUAGAUUACGCUGGUCCCUUUGACACUUGUUUGGCCCGGGGCCGUGGUCUACGCACAUUUAAAUCGUAUAUUUGCGUUUUCGUAUGCACUGCCACCAAAGCAGUACAUCUUGAGCUGGCCUCAGAGCUCACCACAGAGGCAUAUCUCGCAGCUCUGCGCCGUUUCAUUUCGCGCCGCGGCCGGUGCUCUAGGCUGAUCUCGGAUCAGGGUAGAAACUUUAUUGGCGCAUCCAAUAUGCUCCAAGAAUUCAUGGCCAAGGCUUCACGUGCAGAACAAAUAAAUUUCGUUUUUAACCCGCCCGGCAGCCCACAUUUCUCGGGGUUAGCCGAGGCUGGUGUAAAGUCAGUAAAGACACAUCUCGCUCGCGUCGUGGGCUCUCAGCGCCUUACAUUUGAGGAAUUCUAUACCAUUUUAACCCAAAUUGAGGCGAUGCUGAACUCACGGCCUUUGUCCCCUGUCAGCUCGGACCCAAACGACCUGUCAGUUUUGACCCCCGGACAUUUCCUUACUUUGGAGCCGCUCACCAUAUUGCCUGAAAGCAACAUGGUAGAUGCGAAAUUAGGUCCACUUCAGAGAUGGAAAUUAUUACAAAAGAUCCAUCAAGAUUUCUGGCGCAAGUGGCACCUCGAAUAUCUGCACACAUUGCAGCAGCGCCACAAAUGGUUCGAUGGUCAGAAAAACAUUGUCGUCGGGACGCUCGUGCUCAUUGUCAAUGAGCAAUGUAGCCCCAUGAAGUGGAAAAUUGGCCGGGUGGUACAACUCCAUCCAGGAAGUGACGGGAUUUGUCGUGUUGUCACAGUUCGCACAGAAUCGGGCGAACUUAAACGUCCGAUAGUUAAACUGUGUCCCUUACCUUUGCAAAACUAGUGUUAAUUCACUAUCUUAUAGUCAUAAGUAUUAAUUUUAUCGUAUAGAUUUAGAUUAAAGUAAAAAAUAUAUAGUAAUAGGAAAAUAACCCCUGAGCCAUGUCGAUUCUAUUUUGUCCUCAGUUGACAAUAACAGUACAAACUUGUGGAAAAUACGUUGUAUUUUGGUGGGCGGAAAAUGUUAAGGAUUGUAGUCUUAAAAUAAUUUCGCCUGGCAACAUUAUCGUUCAAACUUAAAAAAAAAAAAAGAUACUUCCUCCCCUUCUCGUAUCGCGAAUGUAACAUGUCGGGCGCAUCUCGCUGCGCUAAUUAUUAUUUUCGAAUAUUAUCGUCUCGGUUCAUCUAAAAGAUUCAAUUUUGUCUGUAAACUGUGUGUACUCAUUGUGGAAGGCUAAUCAGUUGAAGAAGCACUGCUCCUGCUCCGUUUCGGUGUCCACGCUGGUCCAGGUAACUUGGAUUCGAGGUAAGUCUAGACGAGCCGAAGGUCUGAGAAGCCUGCGCCAGCCUCCACCGAGAGCUGCACCGUCAUCUACAGCUCAGCAAGGUGAGUGCUUUUACCAAUUGACCUAGCCUGUCCUAAGUUCCACGGUAUAUCGUUUCGUAUCUCGUCUCGUAUUUCGUUUGAAUACAGUCCACAUAAUUUUUAAAUAUCGAAGUAAAA